UCCGCUCUGUGACGUCUUACGAUCUGGGUGCGCGUAGCAAAGUAUUAUGCCGUAAUGUUGAAGUUAUCUAAAAAGUUCUGUGGCCAUAAUAAAUCAUUAAGUUUUGUAUCGAAUGUAGCCGAUUACAGUGAUACCAUUGAAGUACAUAAUGGAAGAGGUAACGUGAAGAGUUUUGAGGAAAUCCCGGGACCAAAGAGUUAUCCAGUUGUAGGGACGCUGUAUAAAUACAUGCCUUACAUAGGAGACUAUAACGUGGAAGCCCUCGAUAAAAACGCUUGGCUGAACUAUCGUCGCUACGGCAACUUAGUCCGAGAGGCGCCCGGUGUUAACUUGCUUCACGUUUACGACCCUGAAGACAUAGAGACGGUGUUCCGACAAGACCAUCGAUAUCCAGCUCGAAGGAGUCAUGUUGCCAUGUACCACUACCGUACAAACAAACCACAUGUGUAUAAUACUGGCGGAUUACUGUCAACGAAUGGCCCUGAAUGGUGGAGACUCAGAAGUACAUUUCAGAAGAAUUUUACAAGUCCUCAAAGUGUGAAAAAUCACAUUGAAAGCACAGAUAGUAUCGUAACUGAGUUUGUGCAAUGCCUAAAGCAAAUUAAUAUUACGCAUAAUGAAGACUUCCUGCCCUAUUUGAAUCGAUUGAAUUUAGAAGUUAUCGGAACUGUGGCGUUCAAUGAGCGUUUUAACAGCUUUUCUUCUGAAGAACAAGACCUUAAUUCAAGAAGUAGUAAAACUAUAGCAGCAGCAUUCGGGUCUAAUAGUGGAAUUAUGAAACUCGAUAAGGGAUUUAUGUGGAAGAUAUUUAAAACUCCUCUUUAUAAGCAACUUGCUGAUUCUCAAGAAUAUUUAGAAAAAAUAUCUACAGAAAUUUUGCUAGAAAGGGUGCAUUUUUUCAAACAUGCUGACAACAACGAUGUUUCAUUAUUGGGCUCCUUUCUUCAACAAUCCAAUUUAGAUUUAAAAGACGUCGUAGGAAUGAUGGUCGAUAUACUUAUGGCUGCAAUCGACACGACUGCAUAUACAACUAGUUUUGCUUUAUACCACAUCAGUCGAAACCCUGAGGUCCAACAGAAAAUGUUUGAUGAAAUCCUUCAACUUCUUCCCACGAAAGAAACAAGAAUAAGUUCGGAAAUUGUAUCAAAAGCCGUUUAUGUAAGAAGUUGCAUUAAGGAGAGUUUAAGAUUGAAUCCAGUAUCUAUUGGUGUAGGGCGACUGACUCAAAAGGAAUUCAUACUACGGGAUUAUCUAAUCCCGAAAGGAACUGUUAUAGUGUCACAGAAUAUGGUAUCCUCUAGACUACAGCAGUAUGUUAAGGAUCCAUUAGAAUUCAAACCGAAACGUUGGUUAAGAGGAUCUACGAGCUAUGAGAACAUUCAUCCCUUUUUAAGUUUACCAUUCGGCUUUGGUCCAAGAUCAUGUAUAGCAAGAAGAUUAGCCGAGCAAAAUAUAUGUAUUAUUCUUAUCAGGCUGAUUCGUGAAUAUAACUUGAAAUGGAUGGGUGAAGAGCUUGGUGUUCAAACUCUACUUAUAAAUAAACCUGCUAAACCAGUGUCUUUGUCAUUCACACCAAGGAAUUUGUAGGAAAUAAAAAUAAGUGCAUAUCA